GCUCGCUCUUCGCUGCGCUGCUGCUAUGUACUUGUAGAGACUCUGAGGAAGCGGCUUGUAAUCGGCAGGUGGAGGUCAUACAAAAGGGAGCUGGCAAAGGUACUGCCCAUUUGGAUUCGGUGGGACCCCACGCAAGCCUGAUUGCGAACGAGCGCCGCCAGCCAUCAUGUCAUCACCAAUGGCAAUCCUCAGCAAAACCGGAGACCACGUCCAGUGCCCAUCGCAGCACGAUCCAGUCGCAACUGGGCUUGCUGUAUUCCUCUGCAUCGGCUUGGUUGUGUCUUACCUUCCACAGGUCAUCCGAAUCAUCUUGAAGAAAUCGUCGCUUGGAUUCUCACCAUGGUUCCUGCUUCUAGGCGCCACAAGUUCCUCUAGCAGCUUCCUCAACGUCGUCGCAUUGCAGUGGGGCCUUGUCAGGUGCUGCUCGAUCGUCUCGACCGCCAUCUGCGCCGAGUCGGUCCUCGGCAUAUUGCAAGUCGGGCUGCAAUGGCUCUGUUUCGUUGCAAUUCUCGCCCUGUUUCUCAUCUAUUACCCAAAAGAGCUGCGCUACGAGCGGUCUAUUGCGCUGCCUGGACGAACACGAAGGCCACGCCUUCUUGCCGAAGACGAUGAUACGUCUUCAGGAGGCUCAUCUGCAUGGUCGGAUGACGUCGAGGACCUCGACUCUCUUGAUUCGCAUAUCCAAGAAAAUUACUCGGGUAUCCAAGCUGUCGGCAGCGGCGUUUCGGCCGUUGGAAUCGGCACGCCGACGCAAUCAGCCGUCGCACGCAUCACCGAAGAAGCACAAGCGGACGCCAGCAGCAGCGCAUUUGCCAGACUCGUGCCCACCUUCUGGCCCAUCUGGAAGGCUCCGCAGACCGAAGGUGCUGCGUUAGGUCCGCCAGGGAGACAGACUGCCAGCGGUGCUUACGCCGUUCCUGGCAUGCCGAGUGCGCCAGGGCCAAUGGAUCAAUCAAAUCAGCCCGGAAGCAACCUCCUCCAGGUUCCUCAGACAGGCAGCCCAGCGCACCCGCGCACGCCGAGCCAGACAGCGGUGAAAGCUUGGAAGAAGGCGCUGCGCAAGAAGUCUAAGCGGAGAACGGCAGAAUGGAGCCUGUCUCUCGCGCUCGCAUGGGUCGUCGCCCUUCACUUUAUUUUCGUAUUCUUGAUCACCCUGCUCCUAGUCACGUCUCUACCGACCGAAUCUUUUCCUGAUCCUCGCGACCCUACCAUCCCCAACCUAAUUCCUGCCCCUCUGGAAUCGCUUCUGUCUGUGCGCGGGAAGCUCCUGACUUCUGUACCGAAAGGGUCCAAGUUGCUCGUGCAACGGUGGGCUGCCUUCCUCGGAGUGACCGGUACGAUCUUGGCUGCUGGACAGUACAUCCCGCAGAUCAUCUAUACCGCCAGGGCCAAGCUGGUGGGGUCGCUAAGCAUCCCGAUGAUGUGCCUUCAAGUUCCCGGCAGUGUCAUCUUCGUGUACUCGCUUGCGAUCAGGCCCGGUACAGAUUGGUCUUCUCUUGCUGCAUUUGUUGCUACGGGAACGCUCCAACUCGUAUUGCUGGCUCUUUGCAUCAGCUGGAAAAUCCGACAGAACCGGCUCGGCAUCGAUGACUUUGGUAGGCCGCUGGUGCGAGCGCAGGGCCUUCCGAGCCAGGUUGCAUUAGAGGAGGACUGAGAACCGUCUAUAGUUCUGACAAUGGUCGUCCGCAAGUAUACACUACGUACUCGUUCGCACUCUUGUUAUCUGCAAGUAACUUUACGGUGCUAAUGAUGACGAUGAUGAUACAAGGUGCGAACAAAUCAAGGAGCCGCAUGCCUUCGUUCAGGGCUCUUCCGCUUCCACCGCCCACAAUGCAUCGGGUGGUGCUGUUCCUUGCGCUUCGCUGAGAGCGCCUUUGAGAAUGUACGUAAAGUUUCCACUUUUGAGCGGGGGCA